AAUUGUUACUCUGGGCCACAGAAACUUUACUUAGGGCCACAGAAUUUUUACUCAGGGACAGACAGAAUUGUUACUGAGUGCCAGAGAAUUGUUACUCAGGGACAGACAGAAUUGUUACGGAGUGCCAGAGAAUUGUUACUCAGGCCACAGAAACUUUACUUAGGGCCACAGAAUUUUUACUCAGGGACAGACAGAAUUGUUACUGCAGGGACACAGAAUUGUUACUGAGGGCCACAUGAACUGUUACUUAGGGCCACAGAAUUGUUACUCGCACAGACACAGAAUUGUUACUCAGGGACACAGAAUUGUUACUCAGGGACACAUAAUCGUUUAAAUUAAAGAGUAUGUCAACAACAUGCAGAGGAGUGGCAAGAGGAGGCAAGUGUAUUUAGGAGCGAGCAGACGUGGCAGCAGAGGAAGGGGUCGAGGCAGCA